UCCCCCGUUUAAGCCGAUGACAGGUAACCUAGGAUUUUCCGCGCCCGAGUACUGUAGGAACACGUGAUCCGAAACCCCUGCACCGGGGUCCACCCCCCCUAGUGAGGUUUUGCGACCAAAACGACCCAAAAGGCUGGGGGGUGCAACGGAGCUUCCGCAAACCGAUUUUCACUCGAACCAUGGUACCGCACAAACUCUCUUUUCCACUCUUCUACGCCCUCGCGCCCCAGCCCUGUCCCAGCUGGUUUGUCACGUCCCAUUCAAGCCGUUUGACAACAACAACGAACAACAAACAACGAAGUCUUGCAUCCGCCCCCAUGACGAAAAACGCGCAUGACGAAGAAAGAAAACCCUCACGACAAAUACUCUCCUGCGCAACCAUACAGUAUCAUUCGAGAACGAUCCUUCUACAUCGACAACAAAGGCCUGCAAGACAAGCAGGCAAGGAGACAAGUCGACGUACGACGACACCAACGUACAAUAGUAUCAAUUAUGUGAAAAAGCCAAGGAUAAAGUAUCAUACAGAGAAGAAUAAGGUAAGGAAAGAAAGCAAAGGAAAGGAAAAGGGGAAGAUUAUCGGCACAAAGUCCCAAAAAAAUACUUACAAGAACGAAUCCAAAAGUUCGCAAAGGGAAACAAAAGGGCAAAGGAAAGGCGGAGGUACGCCAGAACCUAGUCCAAUCUAAAGAGCUAAAAGCAAACCGAUAAGCUGGAAUAUAUAUCCAUCUGCCCAUUAUCAUCAUCGUCGCCGUCAUCAGCAUCAUCAAUCCCAUCCAUCAUCCCCCGCCUUCAUACAGCGCUCGUCGCCUGCUCGCUCGCAGUUCAACAUACCUAGACCCAAGCAACCCAAGCUUAUCAAUCCCAAGG